UACCCGGAAGACGGAGGUCUGGCGAUGAUGGCACCAGUGGGUGGAAUCGGGAGACACGCAGAGCGUACGUACAUGUUUGCAUUUCUCUCCCAAUUUCAUUAAAACAACUACAAGCCAUGUCCUAGAAAAUAAAAAAUCACAAACCGAAACCCUAAGGCAAAAAAUUAAAAGAAGAAAAAGUCUCUCUCUCUCUCUCUCUCCCUUCUCGUCACUUUCUCUCGACCCAAACAAAAAAAAAAAAAAAAAAAAAAAAAAACAGCAAGGAGAAACCCCUGAAACUUGGAAUCGGACCUUCCCCUCGCUCAAUUUCUGUCAUCGAAUGGUAGAGAUAUAUAUCCAUGGCUCAGAGACGUGUGCUGGGGAGCAGUAGUAAAUACAUUCAGAAUUAUGGAAGACUUAUUGGAAGCCAUGGAAGAAGCGUUUCCACACCCACACCCACAAAUACUAAGAAACAGGAAUUUGAUUAUCAUAUGGAUUUAGGAGGAUUAGGGCCUGCCCGCUUCGCAACACAAGAGUUCAACAGGCUUAAGAAUGCCCAACUGCAGAUUUCGAGAGUGUUGAAGGCAACCUGCAGGCACAUGAGGAAAGAGUUGUGGCGUUCCCCGGGAUAUUAUUAUCAACGUUAUUAUGAACUGGUGUUGGAGGCAGUUGAUGCCGAUGAGGCUGAAUUUUACCAAGCACAAGUUGCGGUAGAUUCCGUUGAUGACAUAAUGUGGUUGGAAGUGUUUUGCGUCAUGGAUGAACAUUAUUCUUUAAGACUAUAUCAUCACUUAGACAACUUUUUUGAUGAAUGAUGCUUCAAACUCCAGAGGUCCGGAUCUCUUCGUGUAUCUUUGUUCAGGUUUGCAUCUUCUUCUUCUUCUAUAUGGUAACAAUUCUCGUUUACAUUUUUAAUGCGUAAAGUUCUGGUCUAAUGUGCACAAGUGAUUUCAUCGGUCACAAGAUUUCCAUUAUUGAACCCUCGUGGCACGGUGUUUGCUGUCGGUAGACUACUGUACAUGUCAACUGUCACAGAGACGAACGAGGUGAAGAUGCGUGUGUGUGUGUCCACUGCAAGGAGCAAAGUAGCAUGGAGAUCGUCCUCAUGGCUUUAGUUCAAUGAUCUAUUUGAAUUAUCAUCUCUAAGACUUCGUUUUGUUUAUUUUUUCUUAGACACUGAUGUUAUUAGCAUCUAGGCGAUAACCAAUAUCUAGUUAUAAUAUGAACAGACAUUGAUUGUUCCAUAGUACGCGUUUUUGCUAAGGCGUAUGUGAGUGAGGAUGCUUGAUCUGCAAUGUCAAGUCAAAGUAGAGCUAGAUACUAAGAGAUCGUUCGAAGUCUAGUAUUGUGUAACUGAAAAACAAGUUUGAUGUCCUAGAGAUCUUUCGGAGGGCCACUGCAGAGUCACUGGAUGUGUGUUUCUGAUAUUGUUUGUAGUUCUAGUUAUUUCAAAUCGUCAUUCUUUCUUCAUUAA